AUGACCGCAGAACACAUAUCAUCUCCCCCCAUCCCCCCCCAUGAAUUUUCCCUGGAACCAUAUACCAACCCAGAUCAACUUGCGGCCGAUCAAGACGGCCUCGAUGACAACCUUCCACGAUAUUCAACACAGUUGGAAUCCGUUUCCACAUCCACAUCCAUUUCCCAGUCCUUGGCCAUGUCACCACCACAAAUUGCCUACUCUUACUCUACCACCACGAUGCUUCCAUCUGUUCCAAAUCAUGGCUCCCAGUGGAAUAAUACACCAAAUAGCAUCCAGUACCUACAAUACAGCAUUAGAAGGAAGCGGCUGCUCGUCACCAUCAACAUCCCAAUUCACUCAUACACAGGGCGUAUCCGAAUGGUCACUCUUUCGUGGUCCACUACUCCCUCGCAGUAUAACCGCGACUCAUACCGUCCUUCGGCCGGUACCUCUAAGCUUGCCUUUCACGCCUAUGAUGCCUCCACCAUUGGCAGUGGAAUCUUCACGAGUAAUACAGCCUCAUGCAAGUCAUGGCGAACAAAUAGGCUACGCCUUAUCUCCCCUCCUGUCCUGCCGGUGGCUAAACGGACGAUGCCGUUACACACCUGCGAAUUCAUUGGGACAUUGGAGGAAUUAAAGACCCACUGUAAAGCCAUCCAUUUUACUGGCCCAACAGUAGUAAAGAUCGAAUGCCGAUGGGAGGGUUGCGACUACUACAAACGCAAUGACCCGACAGUUCGCGUCAUGCGACGCGAUACCAUCUGGCGUCACAUUUACGAGACCCACUUGAGGUUGAAGAGGGGUAGUAUCUAGGCUUCCGCACCUCUUUGUAUUGCAAGUUUGGUAAUUCCUUGUGUUGCACCACCGCUGGUCGCCCCGUGUUUUCUUAUGUCAUGUUAUGUUUGUUGUUCUCACUCCUCCUUGUUCUCAUCGACCGUUCGCCAUGGGUUCACUUUUUUCUUGUUUCAGUUUUUGUCCAUUCAAAGUGUACUACUUUAUGCUAGAUAAUGCUAUCUAGUCUAGGGGCCCCGCUGGAC